CUCCAACUUUAAAAUACAACUCUGUGACGUAGAUAAUAGAAAUAAAUAAUUUAUAAUACAAGUAUACAACUACUAUAAUACUAUGGCUUUGAGGUGUUACACUGUUACAGUUGUUAUUCGGUGCCCGGUGGCGCGGUCUUAUAUAACAUGGAAUUCACUGGACAGUGGACACUGAAUUUGAAAUCACAACGGAAUAUGGAAGGCGUGUAGCCGUGUAGGUCAAAGAUUAGUCAAUAAAUAUUCAGUUUAUUCGGCAUAAAAUAGUGAAUUAAAAGUGAUUUUACUUUUCAACUAAUACUGUAUAGUGAUUAAUGAGUGAGUCACUGAUAAAUAUAUUAAUGGUUGUGUUAAAUUAAAUUUUCAUAAAUAUUUUUCUUUAAAAUAUAUAAUUUAAAGUUGUCAAUCUGUUUGAAUGUCAAAUUGUGUCUUUUAAACAUAUUAUAUAUAAUCAUUUAUUAUUGUCAUCUCUUGCAUUUCUUUAACACCAUGGCAGUUGCUAGUAAAAUAUUAAAAACAAUAGACACAUCAUGUCAUGAAUAUAUGCACCCGUGGGUGUCUUCAUGUUCCGACGCAAGUGCCGGUGUACUUAUUCAUUCGAUCCAAGCUUCCUUUCGAAUUUAUGUCACCACGUACAUGUUGACUUUACUGAUGAAAGGUCGCAAGCCGACUAAGAAGGAACUCAAACGUACUCUGUUAAGCAUUAUACAGUCGACCGCUUUUCUGUCAUGCCAUGCAUUUGGUUUUUCUUCUGGUGUGUGCUUAUUAAGAAGAUUGUUUGGGAAAUUCAAUGUACUAAGUGUGGCAUUUGUUCCAUGUUUUCUAUGUAGUCUAGUCGGUAUAUUAAUUGAAAGACCAUCAAGACGAGGAUUACUAAGUUUAUAUGUAACAAAUGUUGCCUCAGAAACAUUCUAUAAUAUGAUGGUUGAUAGAGGCAUUAUAAAUCCAAUUCCUUAUGGAGAUUUGUUCAUAUUUGGGUCAUCAAUUACACUACUUCUUUAUUUUUUUAGAGGACAGCAUAAUAAAACAGAUUCAAUAUAUUCUCUUUUAAGGUUUGUUGUCGGUCCUUCUGAAGAAAAUGAUUAUACAAAACCAUUGUUAUCUCCUCAAACACCCCAGUUAGAAAAAUUAAAUCAAGAUACUAUUCGACAAACAAUUACUGAUAUACAUCAAGCUUACUGUACUAUAGACAGUAAAUUAAAGACAAUUUGGACUAAUGAUGUAUGUCCACAUGCUUAUGGGUGUUUACAUUAUGUUCUUAGUUCAGGAACAAGAUUAUUUUUAGUUGGUUAUACACUACAAUUAACUUUGAAGUCAUUGUUACAAGCCAAUCGAAUUUUACGUAAACCGAGUUAUAUUUUAAAACUAAUGAUAUCGCCAGAUACAUUUAGUUUAGGAGCUUUUCUUGGAGGAUUUUCUUCUAUUUAUAGAAUUGUAUCAUGUGUAAUGAGAAGAUUAUUAGGCAAAGAUUCAAAAUACAUAUGUAUUCCUGCAGGAUCAUUAGCUAGUCUCACUUUUUGUUUGUAUCGUAAUAACACAAUUGCUUUAUAUGUAAUGUUGAAAACAUUACAGAUAAUGUAUAUUAAAGGAUCUAACGAUGGACUGUUUCCUGAUUUACCUCAAGCGAAUAUAUUCUUUUAUUGUUUUUCUACGUCUAUUUUAUUUCAUGCAGCUAUACUAGAACCACAUAAUCUACGACCAUCAUAUUGGAAAUUCUUACAGUCUGUAUCUGGAGGAUGUAUAGGAUUAGUUGAUCGACAUUGUUUAGACACAUUUGGUCUCAAAUCAAGUGAAUCACUUGAAAGAGUAUUAAAAAAAUAUAAACCAGUUCCAUUACAGGUUUUUAAAUUUUAAAUUUAUGCUAUUUAAUUGAGGACAAAAUAUUAGCAUGGUUAAUGGUGUAUAUAAUAAUAUAUGGUAGUGUUUUAAAAUAUAUGUUAAUGUUGUUAAAUGUUUUUUUUUACGGGAAAAAGUUUUGUUUUUAAAUAUUUAUUUUUGUAUACUUUCUGUUUGAUAAUUCAGAUUUUUAUAUUUUUUAAAUAAGAUCUUUAUAAAUAAAUCAGUGUUGUGUUCUAACAUAA